UUUCCAAUGAACAAGGAGAACAACUCCUGGGGCCUUCUGUGAGCUGGGGCAGAGAUGAGGAAGAUGAACGACCAAAGCGGCUGCUACAGGCCCGUAAAAAUCCAGGGAAACAAAGUCAGCUACGGCGGCGCCUGUGGGGACGGCCCCGAAAAGGAGGCGAAGAGGCUGCAGAAGAGAUUUCUCCACAAGGAUGGCAGCUGCAACGUCUACUUCAAGCACAUCUUCGGGGAGUGGGAGAGCUACGUGGUGGACAUCUUCACCACGCUGGUGGACAUCAAGUGGCGCCACAUGUUUGUGAUUUUCUCCCUGUCCUACGUGCUCUCGUGGCUGUUCUUCGGCCUGGUGUUCUGGCUGAUCGCCGUCCAGCACGGCGACCUGUUCAGCAACGAGGAGCUCACCCCCUGUGUGGCAAACGUGCACAGCUUCACGGGAGCCUUCCUGUUCUCCCUGGAGACCCAGACCACCAUCGG